AUGAAUUAAUUGUAUAAGCUUACACCUCAAGAGUUGGCAAUUAGAAAGGAUAUUGUUGUGCUGAGUGAUAAAGGAUUGCGAUUCAGGGAAGAGAUUAAAUCAUAAGGUCAAUUUGAUUUAGAUGAUUUCCACUUGCCUCAAAGUAAUUCUGCCAUUUUACGGGUCUAGUCAAUUCACCAAAAGAUAAGCCAUAUACAAGAAGGUCUGUGCUCCAAGGAGAAAAACCAGUUGAACUGCUGGUUGCUGAUUUGA